AUGUCAUUUAUUGACAAUCGAGAGUGGUUGGACAUGGAAGAUAAGAAGAAGAAGAAGCUUCACUCGCGUACUCAUACAGGAGAGAAGCCACACAUGUGCGCAGAGUGCGGGAAGCGGUUCAGCCAACGUCGGAACUACCGCUACCACCUGUCGCUACACUCCGGUUCGAGAGAGUUCGAGGCAUCGUGUCCGGUGUGUGCCAAAGUGUUCAGCGACCGGGGCUACCUGAGCUCCCACAUGAAGAUCCACCGCGACCAGCGCGAGUACGCCUGUACCGAGUGCGGGAGGCGGUUCAACCAGCGCGUCGCCUACAACACGCACGUGCGUACACACACCGGAGACCGGGCGCACCGCUGCACCGUCUGCGGCCAGACCUUCUACCGCAAGGCGCUGCUCAGUCAGCACAUGGAGAACCACACCGAAGAGCAGCCUCCCGCCUGGCUGGAGAGCGGCAAGCGUUCGCCGGAGCGCAGCCACUUGCCGGUACACGAGAGGUCGCCUGCGGGCCUGCCGCCGUACGUCUGCGCGCACUGCGGCUGCAGCUUCGCGCAGAGGCACCAGCUGCGCUCCCACGUCGCCUGCCACGCGGGCGCCGUCGCAGUGGACGGCGGCCGCCUGUCUGAGGAGCCACCUCCGUCGCGCAGCUCCAGCGUCAUCAUCAGCACGCCGCCGCCUGUGAUCCUCAACCCCACGGUCUCCAGCGCGGCGUCGCGCCUACCUCCGCCUCUGCCGCGGCUGCCGCCACAGCCAGCACCGUCGCUGUCGCUACCGUCCCAGAACGUCAGCGUCGGCGUAUCAGAGUUCGAUGCCACGUAA